UGAUGCUGGCAGAGAGGCAGGAGCGGGAGAGUGGAGGGGAGAAGGAGCAGGUACAGGUGUAUGUGUUUGUCUGUUUAUGAAUGUGGGGGAGACAGGAAGGGCUGCCGGCGUGAAGAAGAGACGGAGAGGGGUGAAAGGAGGAAAAAGGAGCCGACAGAGGGGCGGGAGAGCCGGGAAGGAAGCCGGAGUCAGAGGAGAGGGAAUGAUGUCGGAGAGGAUCUCUUCGUGUGGGAGCCUGUAUGACAGCACCAACCUGCUGCUACAGUACUGCAACAACGAUGACACGGUGUCGGCGGGCAGCAACCUGGACAUGGAGGACCGGGUGUCCCACCUGGAGCAGAAGCUGCAGCUGCAGGAGGACGAGAUCCAGCUGCUGAAGGCCGCUCUGGCCGACGCCCUGCGCAGGCUGGGCUGCUGUGAGGAGCAGAGCCUGGGUCAGCCGCCGGGGGGCCACGCUGCUGGGAGGAGACCCCUGCCCACCACAGCAACAGCACAUACCACCAAGGUGCGUCAGCUCCUGCAGGCUCUUCCCUCCAGACCUCUGAAUAACGGCUACGUUCAACAGAAGCGCCUCCUCUCCUCCCCCUCCUCUCCUAAGAAGGAGGUGCUACAGUCCAUCAAGAGGAAGAGUAUGUCCACCGAGCGUCUCACUAUGGUGAGGAGAGAGAUGGGGGUGGAGAGUCGGAGUCGGACCACCUCCUCCAGCAGCUCCUCCGGAGGCAAAGGCAAAACCAAAGAAUGCUCCUUUAAUGCAGAGGACGGCUAUGUGAGGAUGUUCCUCCGAGGCCGCCCCGUCACCAUGCACCUCCCUGACCAGCAGAGGGAGAGCUACAGCCUGGACUACAAGGGGGCGCUGCCUGACCGCAAGCUCAAACUGCAGUGGGUGUACGGCUACAGAGGUCGUGACUGCCGCUCCAACCUCUACCUGCUGCCCACCGGAGAGAUCGUGUACUUCAACGCCUCCGUGGUGGUGCUGUACAACACGGAGGAGCAGCAGCAGAGGCACUACCUGGGCCACAACGACGACGUCAAGUGCCUGAGUGUGCAUCCUGACAUGGUUACCAUAGCAACGGGGCAAGUGGCUGGAACCUCUAAAGAUGGAAAGCUGCUGGCUCCUCACGUGCGUGUGUGGGACUCUGUGAGCCUCAACACGCUGCAUGUGAUCGGGAUGGGUGUGUUCGACAGAGCCGUCUCCUGCGUGGCUUUCUCCAAGUCGAACGGCGGCUCCUUCCUCUGCGCUGCGGACGACGCCAACGACCACAUCCUGAGUGUGUGGAACUGGCAGAAGGAGAAGCAACUGGCUGAUGUUAAGUGCUCCAACGACUCUGUCCUGGCCACUGUGUUUCAUCCAAUGGAUGCCAACCUGAUUGUCACCUGUGGAAAAUCUCACAUCAACUUCUGGACCAUGGAGGGCAACACUCUGACCAAGAGACAGGGCCUGUUCGAGAAACAUGAGAAGCCAAAGUACGUGUUGUGUGUGGCGUUCGCUGAGAACGGAGACGCCAUCACAGGAGACUCCAGUGGGAACAUCUACGUCUGGGCCAAAGGUGGGUACCGCAUCAGCCAGGUGGUGUCGGGGGCCCACGAGGGCGGGAUCUUCUCUGUCUGUGUCCUGAAGGACGGCACCAUGGUGUCCGGGGGGGGGAAGGACCGCAAAGUGGUGCUGUGGGACCACGACUACAAGAAGCAGGCCGACAUGGAGGUGGGCGAGUCUCUGGGUCCUGUGCGGGCUCUGGCUGAGGGUAAACCUGGAGAACUCUUCGUAGGAACCACAAAGAACGCUAUCAUCAGAGCCGCCUUCCCUGAUACACUGACUCCUAUUGUACAGGGUCACACGGACGAGCUGUGGGGUCUGGACGUCCACCCCUCCAUGGAGCAGUUUGUCACCUGCUCUCAGGACAAACAGGUUCACCUCUGGGACACCAACUCCCAUCAGCCCCUCUGGAGCAAGACCAUCGAGGAUCCAGGGAGGUCUGCAGGGUUCCAUCCCAGCGGGGGGGUUCUGGCUGUGGGAACCAUGACUGGAAGGUGGUUGGUGCUAGACACUGACACCCGGGAUCUUGUUUCUAUGCACACAGACGGCAAUGAGAUCAUUUCCAACAUCAAGUACUCUCCAGACGGUAACUUCCUGGCUGUCGCAUCACAUGACAACUUUGUUUACAUCUACGCUGUGACAGAGAAUGGCCGCAAGUACAGCCGUGUUGGGAAAUGCACUGGUCACUCCAGCUUCGUCACCCACCUGGACUGGUCCUCAGACAGCCAGUUCAUCGUCACCAACUCAGGAGACUACGAGACCCUCUUCUGGGAGGCAUCCAGUGGUAAACAUGUGACCAGCAUGGACACGAUGCGUAACCAGGAGUGGGCGUCCUCCACCUGCACCCUGAGCUUCAACACCUUCGGGAUCUGGCCGGAUGGAGCAGACGGCACUGACAUUAACGCCGUGUGCAGGUCACAUGACGGAUCCCUGCUGGCCUCUGCCGACGACUUUGGCAAAGUGCACUUGUUCUCCUUCCCAUGCUCCCAACCAAGGGCUCCGAGCCACGAGUACGGGGGCCACAGCAGUCACGUGACCAACAUUGCCUUCCUGCACGACGACAGUCACCUGAUCUCCACUGGAGGGAAAGACACCAGCAUCCUGCAGUGGGGGGUGUAGGCGGGGCUUCAUGCCCACAUCUCUCCCCCCCCCAACAGGCUUGGUCCAGCAUCCUCUCUGUCCUGUCACCUCUUCACUGUUUUACCCUCCUUCCACCAGGGGGCAGUAUCUCCACUGUGCCUACUGGACAUUACAUUUAAAAAAAAAAGGUAAAAACAGAAUGUGUCCCACA